AUGAGCGACGUGGCGCAGAUCUUGGGGCUCGCUGGCCCCAAGUCGGGCGCGAAUGGGGCGGCGGCGAGUGAACUGGACCAGCUGAAGCCCACGGGGGCGUCGCCGGCCGUGCGCGGCAAGCAGAGCGGCGGUGCCAGCAAGCAGAAGAAGCUCACGGGCAUGCAGCGCGAGGUGCUGGAGCUGCUGGAGAGCAACCACCGCGCCAGCCACGCGCUGUACCAGGGCUUCGGCAAGACGACUCUCAAGCAGAAGUGGCAGGAGCGCAAGAAGUCCCCGGCCGUCAAGUGGCUGCGCAAGUCCUUCCGGAACCCGGCGCGGGCGGGGCUGCCGGGUGAGAGCGGAGAGGAGGGACUGGUGCUCACCCAUUGGGGGAAGGCCCACGUGGAGCAGCCCGACUACGUGUUCGCCAGGUUUAACGUCAAGUGCGAUACGACCAGCUACACGGACGAGGAGUACGAGGCGGCGCUGGCGAACCACCUGGACCCGAUGAUGAAGUGGACCAAGGAGGAGACGGAUCUGCUGCUGAAGCUCUGCCAGCGCUUCGACCUGCGGUGGGUCGUGGUUACAGACAAGUACAACUCAAAUCCGAUCGCGAAAAGCGCUCCGCGGUCUAUGGAAGAUAUUAAGUAUCGCUACUACGAAGCGACUCGACUUCUAUCUGAAUACCGGGACAAGAAGACGAGAGGUGAACUUGAAAAGAAGGCAGCAACCGGGGGCGCGACCAGUACGCCGUCAACGCCGGUGCUGGAUACACCUGCCUCCUCUACAUCAGAGCACUACAGGUUUAAUAUCGCGUAUGAGAAGCAGCGUAAGAGGCAGCUGGAUCUCACGUUUUCUCGGACUGCCGAGGAGGAGAACGAGAUUCGCCGUCUAAAUGACGAGCUGCGCGGUGUGGAGCAACAGCUCAAGAAGGUGGCUGUUAGAGCGGACCCGAAGAGGAAGAAGGAACUCGCCGAUGUUCCUUACGAGAUCAAGCGCACGCUGCCUACAGGCGUAAUUUUGCGAAGCUCGUUGCUCGCGCUUCCGCAGCAGAAGCAUGCGCUCAGCGCAAAGUUGUUGAAGAAGCUGCAGCUUUUUCUCGACGAAAUGGGUGUUCCAGCUCGACCUAUGCCUACCAAGCCUGUGUGUGAAACCUUCGACAAGCUGCGCCAAGACGCCGUGGGCCUGUUGUCACUGCGCAAGCACCUAAAGAGCAAACAAAACGAGGUUCAAGCACUUCGUGAACGAUACCACGCGCUGACUGGUAAGGAGUACAAGCCGAUUACUACGCCUGUCACUCUAUCCGAGCGACCGGGAGAUGCUGCACUGCCUGAUGGAAGCAGCUCGGCAGCUUCAGCGGCGGGCCACGCACAAAGCACAAUUAGUAAAGGCAAGACGUCAAAGCACUCGGAAAAGGCAAUCCGUGCAGCCAAGCGACGCAGCACCAGUGGCCACCCAGGUCUCUCUGCCAAGCGCAACAAGAAAGUCCCGCAUUAACUUGUUACGCACUAAUGUCAUCCAUUACCACC